AUGUAUCCGCGAUUCGCCAAUGCACGAAGGGAUGAGAUGUUUACAUUCGACCAGCUUGGAUUUCUGAUGCCACCCAGCGAUUGGAAGAAAAAAGGAUUAAUACGACGGACAAUUGUCUUGGAUGCAGCAAAUCUAUUGUGGGCGGCUAAGGAUGCAACGAAAGGUGAUAAACUUGACGCCCUUUCGCUGCUAGUCAUUUAUCGAUAUUUUUUGGUUAACGAUUUCAACGUUCGAGCGUUUGUCGGAGAGAAAUAUACAUUAGCCAAUGUUGUCAAAAAUGUUGCUUGUUUUGCGGAAUUGGCAGGGCUCGACGUAUUUGACGAACUUCCAAGCACCACUUACGACGAUCACGCUUUGUUGCAAUAUUGUGAAGAAGUCGAUGGGAUUAUUGUGAGCAAGGACAAAUAUGAAUCAGAAAUUGAUGGAUCGAGUGAUCGUAUUGGAUUAAUUGCACGAUCACAGCGUCUUAUCCCAAACUUUCACGCACUUCCACCGAAUGUCCAUAACACGACAAGCACAGAUGGACACCGAGUCACCAAUUUCAAGUUCGACUUCGAAACGUUUAAAAGCGAUAAGUUCUUCGCAAGUCCGCAAGAUGUUCGCUAUGAAAUCAUCAAGGAGCAAUAUGAAAUUUUCUCGGAUUUGGACCGGAAACAUAUAGUGGAGACAAUUGACAAAAUGCUCGAUAACCCAACUUCAGCUGUCGCUAUGACAAGGUCAAGAGAGGUCGGCGGAGAACAAAUGGUCUUAGAAGCUUUACCCGACGAUGAUUGG